AUGUCUCAAGACUCAACAGCAUAUGCCACAACAUUCAAACUUUACCCUGAAACCAACCAGAGUACUAAUUGGAGUGAAGAAGUUGAAAAUAACAUUAUGGCUACUAAAAAUCCUAUAGUAAACCAUUUGGAUAGC